UUGUCCAUGGAAAGAGGGCUUUCCACCCUUUAUAAUCUCUUCCUCUCCCUGUACCCACCCCUCAGCAGAUAUCCUUAUGCUGGGGAAUGUUUCCUGCGGUCUGAUCCAGCAGAAUACCUGAUGCUGUCUCCUGAUCUCGCUGUUAUUCCCAUUGGCUUCAAGUUAAGUUAACGGGAAUCAUGGAAACCAUUCUACCUAGAUCAACCUUCAUCUGUUCCAUCAAUAAAUCUCACCCAUCAUAAGACAAUGGGAAAUUCAUAUGCUGGGCAACUGAAAUCUGCACGCUUUGAAGAGGCUCUGCACAAUUCAAUAGAGGCAUCACUUCGUUCCAACAGCAUUUCUCCACGACCAAUCUUCUCUCAGCUGUACCUUGAAUCAGAUCAACCACCUUUAUCCCCAGAAGAUGUCAAACCAAAAAUAGAGGACCUCAAUAAAGAUAUUGAAGUCCAUCGCUAUGCACAAAGCAGCUCUUCUGGAUUCCCAGCCAUACAAGUCGGUAAUGGAAUGGACAAUGAAGAGGAGGAAGAAGAAGAGGAAAUGUCUGAGUCAAACAGCCCACCUAUUACAUACUUGCAGAAACAUGUCCCAGAAGGAUCCUGCACAACAGAUGGUUUCUGUCAGGCUGGCAAAGACCUACGUCUAGUAUCGCUCUCUACAGAACAAAUUGACAUUCCACCAGGCUUUGUGCUGGUAGGAGCCAAGUCUCCAAAUCUCCCUGAGCACAUUCUGAUCUGUGCAGUAGAUAAACGAUUUCUGCCAGAUGACCAUGGAAAGAAUGCACUUUUAGGUUUCUCGGGGAACUGCAUUGGCUGUGGAGAGAAAGGAUUUCGGUAUUUCACUGAGUUUUCCAAUCACAUCAACUUAAAGCUGACAACCCAGCCGAAGAAGCAGAAGCACUUAAAAUAUUACCUGGUCAAAAACUCUCAAGGUAUUUUCUCCAAAGGACCACUCAUCUGCUGGAAAGAAUGCCGGACUCGUCAGUCGCCUAGCAGUUAUUCAUCUGCGCUACCCUCUACCAAGUCGGUUGCUGCAGUCGUGGGUGCUGCUGCGCCUUCUCCAAAUAUAGACACUGUGUCAUCCAGUGGUUACAGCACUACUGUUGCCAGUUCUCAGACAGAGUCAACAUUUAGUCUCUGUCCAGUAUCAUCUGCUGCCAAUUACCCAGGAUGCCAGGACCUGUCCAGGAAUGGAAACAUAGCAAAACCUCUGGCUCUAUCCAUGCAACACCUUGGGAAACCUCCAAUAACAGCUGCCUCUACAAAUGCCCAGUCACCUGGAUCUGUGCGAGUUAAUGCUAAUACCAAUAGUAACAACAAUGGUGGAAAAUCCAAUCUCUUCAGUGCUUCUUUACCUCGGCUUCAAACUCUUUCAACUUCAUCAAGUCCUGGCUUAACCUCAGGAGAUAACACCAUUAUGACAAGCUCUGGGCCGCCUAAGAAACGUCAUCGUGGCUGGUCACCUGGGUCCCCCAUAUCUGCACCUGCAGUAGCCCCUGUUCCAGCUGUGCAGCCAGUGACAAGAUCUGAUACUUUGCUGCCCAUUCCUGUUCCUCAGUCAAUGAUAGCUGGAGUUUUGCAGCCACAGGCAAUACCUGCAGGGGAAACUGUUAUCAUCCCUGAAAAUUUAUUAAGCAAUUCUGGAGUGAGACCUGUUAUUCUGAUAGGUUAUGGCACUUUACCAUAUUUUUAUGGCAAUGUUGGUGAUAUUGUAGUGAGUCCUCUACUUGUGAAUUGUUACAAGUUUCCACAGCUGACUUCAGUUGAACUGGAACAGCUAGGAAUCUCCAACAGCCAGACCCUAACUGUGGAAAACAUGAUCCUCUUGACAAUACAAUAUCUGAUUCACCUGGGUCCAGACCAGAUGCCUCUAAGGGAGGAAUUUGAACAGAUUAUGCUAAAAGCGAUACAGGACCCGAGCCUUAAAGAUAGAUCCUUACAAAUGGGAGGCCCUCCUUCCACCGUGUCUCCAGGACAGUUACCCUGGCUUGCUCGACUUGCUGCCAGUGUUUCACGAGAUUUGGUGCAAGUAGUUUUCACUCAAAACUCACUGGCUGAAGGCAUUUCGGAGACUUUAAGGACAUUUGGUGAUGUCCAUCUACACCAGAAAGUACCUAACUAUGUAGUAGUCAUUUGUACAUCAAAGAUGAGGGGAAUUGAAUUCUGUGUGGUUGUUUUAGGUCAUUAUCAAUCCAGAAUGCUGGCAGAAAGUAUGCUUACUACGAAUGAAUUCCUGAAGGAAAUUAGUUACGAAUUGAUUACUGGAAAAGUCGGUAUUUUGGCAUCAUAUUUCAAAACCUCUCCUCAUGGUGAUAACUUAGACAAAUUCCUGGAUAAAUUUCAGCAGAGUCGAAAUAGUAAUGUUGCUAUUCCAUUCAAUGGAAAUGUUUCUGACUACAUUCCAGCAGAUGAAGCUGCAGCAAUGACUGCAAUGCAGUGUUUUGAUUCAGCUACUGAAGUGUUUCAGAUUCAUCCCUCUCAGCUCAGUGUUGCCCGAAAGCUGUUAUCUCAAGUUUGUGCGAUAGCAGACUCUGGAAUGCAAAACCUAGAUUUGGGGCGCUUUGGAAAGGUUGACUUCAUUAUUUUACUGCCUCCAUCUGAGAUUCUUUUCCAGCAGACUUUGCAACGUAUUCGACAUUCAGGAGUACUUGUAGACUUGGGUCUAGAGGAAGACACUGUAGCCUAUCAAAGGGCUGAGAAAUAUAUUAUCCGCUUAGAUCAUGACAUUCAGAACAAGUUUGAAGCUUUCAUGAAAAAAGUCAAGCAGAACCCCUACACACUGUUUGUUCUUAUACAUGACAACUCUCAUAUUGAUUUCACUAGUUUUUCAGGUUCUGGAACACAUGGGGAAUCCAGCCUGGUUCUGUUGGAUAAGUUUAUUAACUCACGCGAGGCACUUGAGGCCUGCAACUUACUUAUGUUGCAGGUCAGCUCCUUUCCCUUCACUUUACAGACACAGCAGUCCCGUGUCAACUUCCAAAAUGAAGUGCACUGGAUACUGCCCAGCAGUCCUGAGGAGAUCAACAAUGAGGACAUGGUAUAUUUUGGUUUGUCUGAUUACAGUAAAUCCUUACAAUGGGGAAUCACGAGCCCUAUCUUGAGAUGUGAUGAGGCUUUUGAAAGAAUGGUGAAUACUUUAAUGGAAAGGUAUCCCAGAUUACACAGCAUGGUGAUUCGAUGCUACCUGCUAAUUCAGCAGUAUGCUGAAGCAAUGAUGGCUGUAACAUCACUGAAUUUGUUGAGAGAACACACUACUCCUGAGACUCUGAGUAUUAUGGAUGAUUUGAUCAGCUGUCCUGGGAAAGACAAGAUUGGACGUGGACACAUGCUCUUGAUACGAGUACCAUCUGUGCAACUAGCAAUGCUUGCCAAGGAACGACUCCAAGACGUUCGAGAUAAGCUUGGUCUUCAGUAUCGAUUUGAAGUACUUCUGGGCAACCCUGCCACAGAACUCAGUGUUGCCAAGCACUUUGUUACACGAAUGAAGGUAUGGAGAGGGUGUGAACAAGAGGAAUGGAUCCCUCGUACCUAUCAGGAUUUGGAAGGUCUCCCAUGUAUUAUCGUCUUAACUGGUAAAGAUCCACUUGGAGAAUCAUUUCCAAGGUCCAUGAAGUAUUGUGAUCUUAGGUUAAUUGACUCCAGCUACCUCACACGUACGACCCUCGAACAAGAAAUAGGCCUUGCUUGUGGCUACAUUUCUAAGAGCGCUGUCAGAGAAAACAUUGCGGUUCUGGAACAAACUGAGAAGGAACAAGAGAAAGUUCUUAUCAGUGAGAAUGAAUCUGAUGAAUUACAGAUUGAUCUAGAGAGGCCACAAAGUAACAGCAGUGCAGUCACUGGAACGUCAGGUUCCAUAGCAGAGAAUGGAGUGACCAUCUCUAGUGCUCUGGACUCAUCACAAAAACCAGUUUCAUCCUUGAGCUUUCAGAAUAUUGUAAACAGCUCUAGUGAUGAAGGCACCUCAGCACAUACCUCAACCAGUGUAGGCAGCGAGGGCUGCAAACAGGAAUGUGAUUCAGAAGGGAAAGAAACUGCAAGCAGCACAGUCUCAAAAUCAUCCAUAUCCUCUGUGACUUCUCGCCAAUCUAUCCUACUCAACAAAGACUUCAGGACUCCACGCCUCAUUUUUCAACGCACUGUAAUUUUAUCAAAACCCGUCUAUCAUCUUCUUGUCUCCUCAAAGAAUGAACAUUUAUGCUCCGCCAAUUUGUUGCCCCAUGCUGAUAUGGCUUGGACAAGCUCACUGAGAUCGCUCUUUCAUAAAGACUUGAGCAGUGAAGAACAAUCACUUUACUACAGACAAUGGACAAUUCCCAGGCAACAUCAUGCAGACUUUAGCAAUAAAAGUGAAGGAGGUUCUGGAAAUUUCCAUCAGCGACGGUUAUUGUUGGUGGGACCACCACAGAUUGGGAAGACAGGUGCAUACUUACAGUUCCUUAGGAUUCUUUUUCGAAUGUUAAUCAGACUUCUAGAGGUUGAUGUAUACAAUGAAGAAGAAAUUAAUAAGGAAAUGAAAGAGACAAAUGAGCAUGCACAGGGAAUCAAUACACAGUGGCCUGACAUUGAACUCUUCAGCAAAAUGAUCUUUGACCUCACAGUACACGAUCCAAAAUAUCGCCACAUAAGUUCUGUGUACUCCGACAAGCUGCCAAAGAUUAAACUAGAAAGUGGUAAAGAAUGCAGUCCUACUGAAGAAUCAGCAAAACGAGAGACUGUCUCAAUCAUGCUAACCAAGUAUGCUGCAUAUAACACCUUCCACCACUGUGAACACUGCCAUCAUUACACAGACUUCAACCCAGCCAUGCAGGUUUCUGAUUCUACACUGCAUGCAUUUACAUUUUCUUCUUCCAUGUUGGGAGAGGAAGUGCAGCUUCACUUUAUUAUCCCGAAGUCAAAAGAGCAGCAUUUUGUCUUCAGCCAACAGGGUAAACACCUGGAAAGUAUGCGUCUGCCUCUUGUCACAGAUAAGAAUCCCAAGUCAGUGAAGAGUCCUAUCUUUACACCUACUACUGGGAGACACGAGCAUGGCCUUCUGAACCUCUACCAUGCCAUAGAGGGUGCAAACCACCUUCAUAUCCUUGUGGUCAAAGAGUUUGAAAUGCCUCUCUAUCGAAAAUAUUGGCCCAACCACAUUAUGUUGGUACUACCUGGCAUGUUCAAUGAUGCAGGGGUGGGUGCUGCCCACUUUCUAAUCAAAGAACUUUCAUAUCACAAUUUGGAAUUAGAACGAAACCGCCAAGAAGAGAUGGGGGUCAAACGACAGUGUGUGUGGCCAUUUAUACUCGUCAUAGAUGACUCUUGUGUCCUUUGGAAUGUUCAUAAUAUAUCAGAAUCAGACAGUGAAACAAAGGAACCCACAGUUUCCACAAAGAAUGUUUCCUUGAAGACUGUAAUGCUGCACAUUGAGGCCACACCAAAGAUUACUCAUUAUGCACUCUGUGGAAUUCAAAAAUGGAACAGCAAGCUAAAUGCUAGCAAACUGAGGAUGCCAUUCUCUCGUUGUCACAUACAUGACUUUAUACUGUUGAAUGUUGAUCUGACACAGAAUGUACAGUAUGAUCUAAACAGGUAUACCUGUGAAGACAUUGACUUCAACCUACGGGCAAACAGCAGUGGUUUACUUAUUUGUCGAUUUAAUCACUUUAGUCUCAUGAAGAAAUACAUCCAGGUUGGAGGGCAUAAAGAUUUUGUCAUCAAACCCAAGAUUAUGGUAUCUGAAAGCCUCAAUAUGAUUUCUGCCUCUCAGUAUGUCUGUGCUCCAGAUAGUGAAAGCACAAUGCUAGCUGCUCCAGCCCAGUUUCUCCUGGAAAAGUUUCUACAACAUGCCAGUUACAAACUCUUUCCUAAAGCUGUACACAACAGCAACAACCCUGUGUUAGCUAUUGAUUGCUACAUGAAUCUGGGUCCUGAGAUUUCUGUGUGUUAUGUAAGUUCACGACCUCACUCAGUUAACAUAAAAUUUGAGGAAGUUUUGUUCAGUGGACUUCUACUCUACCUCUGUGACUCAUUCGUUGUUGCCGAUUUUCUCAAGAAAUUCACAUUUCUUAAAGGUGCCACACUUUGCAUGAUUUGUCAAGACCGAAGUUCGUUACGUCAAACUAUUGUACGCCUGGAGUUGGAAGAUGAAUGGCAGUUCCGGCUGCGUGAUGAGUUCCAGACAGCCAGCAGCAGUGAUGAUAAGCCACUUUAUUUUCUUACCGGACGGCAUAUUUAAAUUUACUUCAGAUGGCAAGAAACAAUAAUUGCGGGUGAUAGGUGGCACUAAUAACAGUUUGAUAAAGCACAAUUUACAAUUCCAUGGAAGGGUAAUGCGGCACAAUUGUGUAGAAAAAGCGUAUCAAUAUUGUUGGUAGUCUGACAAUGGUCACUUUAACAAACGAUUAUAUAAGAACAGAAACAUAGUGCUCAGAGAUAAGAGAGGACUAUGUUCUGACGUCAGUAACUCCAGAAAAAGUUAAUUGUGUGAUUUGUGAGAAAAACAACUUUACAUACGACUUGGUACAUUGACCUAUUCAACAUGGCAGAAAAAGGCAGCAUUAGCUGCAGAAUGUGUAUAUGUCCAUCAUAGGUUUGACCAGAGCUACUCAUUUUAAAAUAUAUUGCAAGUAGACCUGGAUCAAAGCAGAAUGAACAACUCUUAAUAGAAAUACUUCAUUUGAAAGGAAUGAAACCAAAGCUGUGGAGUGAAAGGAAUUGAAGACUGUAUGUUGAAGAUUCUCAACGUCACCAUUUUGACUGUACAUAUUUACAGUUAAGCUCAGGGGUUUAAAUUCAGGUGACAAUGGAGAGGAGUCACUCAUAAUCAUGCUAAUUGUUCUCUCAAUUUUUGCUGUAUAUGAUUUCAUACUUAUUUGCUGUAAUACUUCACCCUUAAGUACUUUUUUAGAAAGCCCACGUAUUUGUUGAACAUUUCAAUCUAAAUGCAUUAGUAGGGAAAUUGCAAGAUUUGAUUAUAUGAUGUGGAUGUUGCUAUAAAUUUUAAUGGCAUCUGGAUUAGAAACAUUUCUGACUGCAUGCAAUGCAGGUCUUGGUUAAUCUGUAAUUUCGUUUAACUAAAUUGUCUUCAUGCUUUCUUGUAUAGCCUCCCCAACAGUACUUUUUUAUAUAUUGCACAGGUGGUUGUAUGCUUUUGCUUACACUUACACUUAGUUGCAGCAUUGUUUUCAUUGAUUUCUAAUUUCACGCAAAUUGCUAUCAAUAAUGCAUUGAAUUAGCUUUUGGUAGGUUGAAUGUGCAGCCUUGACAUAUUGAAAAUCUACAUCUUUUCUAUUUUAAAUGUUAAAUGCUGUUAAGAGGAUGGAGGCAUUGUGCUUUUCAGUUUCUUUUUUGUACAACACAUGAAAAGAGUAAAUGUGCACUAGUAUCACACAUCUUAUUGUUCCCUCCUGUGUUGACUGUAAUGUGUCAUUUUUAAUAUUUUCAUUGUUUUUAAGAGAUGCUCUGCAGGAUAUAAAUGAAAGUAAACAUUAAUUUAGUUGUAUUUCAUCCACAUUAUCACUGUGCAAUGCCAUUAAAUGUCAACUGUUUUUGGUAAAUGAUACAGCAGUCAUGUCAGCUGGAGACCUUCUAUACUUCAUACAAGAGAUACAGUGAUAAUAUCAAUAAUGUGGAAAACAUAAAAACAAUUGUAUGAAACUUUGAAAUUAAUAAUGCCCCCAUAAAAUUGAUCAUCUACGCUUGUACUGAGAAAUGUUAAAUAUGACUAUUGACACACAAACAAAAAUAAAAACGUUCCAAAUUGACAUUGAGAGAAAAAUCAACACAUUUUCAUAUUAUAAUUGGAAAGUGUCUGUACAUUGUUAACUUCAGACCAUACAGACAUUAGCCCUGCCAGCAGCAAUAUACAUGUGCACUGAUCAUUAGCCCUACCAACAGCAAUAUGCAUGUCCACUGAUAGCUGAGGUGGACAUGGAGAUUGCAGUUGAGAGGAAAAAAGAAUGAUUGUUAUUAAUGAGAGAACUUAUAAAGAAAACUCAUUAUUGUAAAUAUUUCCAAUUACAAAUGAACACCUAUCUUUUAUUUCACUGUAGUUCUCUCUCCCUUUGCACUGUACACAAUUUCUUGUCUGAAAUAAUUACAGAACUUUUUCAACUGUUAUAUCAACUCAGUGUUAUGUGAGCUUUAUACAAAAGAUAUCUGCCUUAGGAGGGUUAUGGAUUUUAAAGGAUCCAUGAUAUUGGUGUUGGGAGAUGGAUUAUGGCAACAUAAGGGUAAGUCUUAUUGUCAGAGAUCUCAGGUACCUUUGUAUUACAUGAAUGUAUUGGUGAAGUUCAAAUUUCACUGGCAGGACAUAUUGUUACAAUUUGCUUUCUAUGGGCUGAGAGUAGAAGUCACUAAAUGAAUUUUACACUUCUCCAUUCUAAGUACUUGGUUUAUUUGUACACUCGCAAUAGGUAUUGUUUGAAUUAUAUCUUGUCCUUCUUAACCUAACCUCCAGUUAUCAUGAAAACAGUAUAUUUUGCUGUGCUUUGCAAACGGUCAUGGUAUAGCACCCAGUCUUGUCACUGACCUUUGUGCAUUUUAUCAUUGAAUGUAUGCUGUGUUAGUUGGAACACCAUUGUAAAUUCACCUUUAAAUUUGUAGUGCAUAAUAUAAAUUCUUCUGCAUUUGUUGUACUCUUAACGUACAGUGUACAAGUUAGACAGGCCAAUUGGAAAAAUAAGUGGAAAUUCAAGUUUCAGGCUGGAGUGAUAACUUUCUGUUCUAGUCCCUCUAAGGAUGUUCUGACACAGGCCUCUGCUAUUUUUCUGGCAGAUAAUUUCCCAGUAUAUUUGUGUAGUGAAUGUGAAACAUAUUUUUAUAAACUACAUUGAUAAUGCUACACAAUAUACAGAAAAUCUUUCCCAAAUAUUGGAAUGUAUUACUAUCAUUGCCACCGAUCUGCAUUGGAAGACUUCAGUUGAGUAGUACAGUUUUUUUUUUUCUAUUUCAGUUGGAUCUAACUUUUAUUUUGAUCUUGAAUGCAUUUCCAGUUUCAAACAACACAUUACAUUCUUGCUGUAAACUACAACUACUCCUGUUCAAAAUCCAAAGAGUAUAGCAUGAGGCACAGGAUUGUCACUUUUCAAUUUCAACGCCUGCAAUGAAGAUGUUCAGUUGGAGAAGAAACUCUUAGACAAGAAAAGGAGGAAUUAGUCCAUGCAAUUUUUUUCAUCUUUCACAAAAUCUCCCUUGAAAGGAUAGCAUAAAGACCAUACUCGUUAUCAUGUAGUUGCUUUACAAUUAAGUGCCAUAAUUUAGUUAACGGUAUUCGGAAUUUUAGCAGAAAAUACCGCAGAAGUGCAACAGAUCAGAUUAAUACUGCAAAAAAGUGAGUUUACAUUUUAUCUGUAACCUUUCAUGAUAGCAGCCAGUGCUAUCUGUAGAUGGUGGAAUUCCUUGGUACCCAAAGAGUCAAGGGGGAAACUCAUACCAGUUGAAUCUGAUUAUCCCACAGCUAUUUGACAUUUCAAGGAGGAGGUGGUACUUCUAGCCCUCAGUCAAUAUGAAGUUCCAGCCAGUCUGACUAGUCUCAGCAGCAGAGGUUGCGGUGGAUUAAGUGCUGGAGUCCAGAAUCAGUUAAGUAUGGUGGUCUCAGGGUUGGCAGGGGAUGUGAGGCCCAGAUGUUAGGCAAGAGGGAGGGUGGAGAGUAUUGAAUAGAGAUGGGGAUGGUAGGUGGGAAAUGCAAUAUUGAAGAGGUCACGGAUGGAAGUACCUCCCUCUUCCUAACUGAGGCCAAAGCAAGAUCACUUUUCAGGCAUCUCUGUUACUGUCGAAUUCUUCCAGCGAGCCUGAGAAUUGAAGCUUGUUGGAAAAGACCAUUAAGUGAUCACUAGAUAUCCAUAAAUACCUUACAGGGGCAAGGGAGGACUAGUCUAGGCAUUGUACAUCCCCCCACAAAAUGGUUGUUAGGUCAGGGAGGGACAGAGGCAGUGUGGAGGCCACAAAAGAAUUUCACCCCCCCACUACCAAACCCCCAGGAGAGAGAACAUUUUACCUCUCAUUCACUUUGCUACAGGUUGUCUUCUUCAACCUGUUGAAGCUUUGGUAGCUAAGGAUGAAUUUCUGAGUUUCUGUUUGUGACAACAUAGAACCAGAUCCAAAACUUCAAACUUUUGGCUUGUGAUACCAUGAAUCUAAUCUUUGUGAUGUUAUUACGGAGAUGAAAUUAAUUUUGAAGACAAGCAUGCUAGCUAAUUGGCUGAAAUACACUGAUUUACCACUAUAUGCUUUGGUGUAAGACUUUGUAGAAUUUUUAACUAAGUAAUUAGAAAUAUAUUUUAUUUAUAAACUGUAUUUUACCAAUCAUAUGUUGAUCAAUAACUCUAUCCAGUUUGGUUCCUGUACCUCAAUCCAACUUAAGAAAACAUCUAAACAUUGAGAUUGUGUUGGCUUUGCCCAGCAGCCUGUAAAGGAACUACAGUUGUUCCUCAUGCACAAUAAUACUUUCCACAAAACUCUAACUGUAUCAGUAGCUUCCAGUUUUCAGUACUGAUUACUACAUGCAAAAUUUAUAUCGAGUGCUCCCGAAAUGUCAUUCAAUUCCGUGCAGAUUUCCAAUUUCAUAUUUUGUACGUCCCAGAUGACUUAAAAUAUCAGUUAAUAGUUUGGUAUUUCAAAAGAAUAUCUUUACCAUAUUGAUGUUUUAGUUUUGACAACAUUGUGACAGCAUUGCUAGUCCAUUUAUUUAUUGCUGGUGAUAAAUGAAGCUGUUAGGAAGAGCUGAAAGUGUCGUUAAAUGUCAAGUACUGACUGCAAUGGUCCCCACAAACAAGGAAUCACUAUCACCUGGCAUUUUUCAACAAGAAGGCUUUUGAACUUGAGCAGAUUCAAUAGAUAUCAAGAGAGCCAAUGAAGCUAGGUCAGUGAAGCUAAGCAUAUAGCCAGUGAGAAAUUGUUAGUCAUAUUCUGACAUAAUAGGGGUGGCACGGUGGCUCAGGGGUUAGCACCUGGGUUCAAUUCUACCCUUGGGCAACUGUUGAAUUUGCACAUUCUCCCCAUGUCUGUGCGUGUUUC